CCAAAACAAACAGAUUUGAGGUUACUGCAUGCGUUGGGUUCACAAAAUACGACUGAAGUAAAAGUGCGAACAAUAAUUUGUUGCUUGGUUAAAUAUAAAAUGGACGCCGACGAUAUUACUCUUCCUGCGGAUACACUAAAGAUACUCAAUGAGUUUCUAGAAGAAAAGGCGAAAAGGGAACGUGAGGAGUUGGAACGAAUAGAUAAGAAAUCGAAUGCCGAUAUUAUGUUUGAAGAAGAUUGGCAAUUAAGUCAAUUUUGGUAUAGUGAAUCAACCAAGGAAGCGCUAGGUAAAUUGGUAAGCAAGCUGUUAGAUGAACAAGAGAAUGAGACAAAUGUGAACAAUUACCGAAUAGCUCUACUGUCUUGCCCAUCGCUUUAUACCACUGUCAAGCAAGUGCACAACAAUGUGAAAAUCUUCGAGUUCGACAAACGCUUCUCAGCUUAUGGCGACGACUUCGUAUUUUAUGACUUCAAUAAUGCGGAGGAAAUUGGAUAUUUGCAAGAAUACAAAGAAUCAUUCGAUCUUAUCAUAGCCGAUCCACCAUUUCUGUCCGAAGAAUGUAUAACUAAGAUAUCUAAAAUUAUCAGCAAUUUACAAAAACCAACUACAAAAAUAGUUUUUUGUUCCGGUGCCGUGGUAGAAUCAUGGUUGACCAACUGCUUACAAUUAAAGAAAUGUAGCUUUGAGCCAACCCACGAGCGAAAUUUAGGCAAUGAGUUUGUUUCCUACGCGAAUUUUCAGCUUGACAACUACUUAAGUUAAUAAUUUCUU